AUGGCUCAACCAGAAAAACAUAAUGAUAACCUCCUCGAACAAGAACAGUAUUAUACAAAUGGUGACAAUAUAUCAUCAUUGAUCGAACAAAUAUACGAACAACUAAUUCGUAUGCGUCAAGAUGAUCUUGAAUUGACAGAACAAUUAACAUCUCUUUACGAUGGCCUAUGUCAUCUUCGGCAAACACUUACGAUACCUCCAACAACCUCCAAUAGAGAUAUUUCUACCAUACCAAUUCAUAUCGAUUCUCCAACAUCAACUUACCAUCAUCCAAAACAACGUUCAGACAGUGAACCAAAUAUCUUAACGACUCGCUUACGUCUAAUAACAAUAAUAGAUGACUUACAAUAA